AUGUCCAGAAAAAUCAAAGAAUUUUUUAUAAUUAAAUAAAUUUUGUAUUUUUUGGAAAAAUCUAAUUUGUAAAAAAUCUAAGUUACUAAUAUAUUUAAAUAAUAUAGAAUAAGGAUUAAUUUCUAAAACUCAAGCAAGGUAAUGGAUGAGUAAGAAUUAAAGAUAAAUGGGUAAAUAAAGAUAAUAAAUUCAUAAAUAGAAGGUGAGUGCUAUAUCUAAGAAGUAUACGCUCUCAAAUAAUAAUAGUACAAAUAGUUCUUAGUAAUACUCCUCAACAUAAUUACUUUUGGAGGCUACUACUUGUUAGAAAACUGGUACGAAAGAAGCCUCUUGAAGCUUAGAUACUGCUAUACUGAUGAUAUUAAACAAGCCACUCAUUUCCUGAUAGUUUAGCUAGACAAUACGUUUCAGAUAGUUAAACGUAAUGAUAUAAUGAUACCAGAGGAAGAAAAUUUUGAGAUUCAAUUGUAAUCAGCAAUAUCUUUUGAUAAUAGGUUUUUGAGAUAUAUCUAUAGUGAAGAAGAGAAAUACUUUAAAUGCAUUCACUUUAAUUACACUAACUUUUUGGAAAAGAAUUAACUAGGAAGAAAGGGAUUGAAUUAAUAACAGCUUUAACUCUUGGAAUAGUGCUAUGGUAAAUGUAUCAUGUAAAUUCCUAUACCAAGUUACUGGAGCUAUUUGCACAAAGAGUUAAUAAAUCCCUUCUUUAUGUUCUAAAUAUUCAGUGUGUGCAUAUGGGCAUACGAUGAUUAUUAUGCUUUUUGUAUAGCAAUUACUUUGAUUUUGAGCAUUUCAACUGCUUCUAACAUUUGCUAAAUUCGUAGCAACUUAGCUUCUUUCACUAAAAUUGCCUUUUAUGAGACUGAAAUUAUGAUUAAAAGAGAUAAAAUUGAAAAAUAGACAUCUUCUAAUAUACUCCCAGGAGAUUUAUUUUACAUCAAUGAUUAAAUGAAAGUUCCUUGUGAUUGCAUUUUAAUAUAAGGCUAGGCACUUGUUAAUGAAGCUAGUUUGACAGGUGAGUCCGUUCCAGUUUUAAAAUACAAUUAUGAAUUUAAUGAAGAAGUAGAUAAAAAGUGUAUUUUAUACGAAGGAACUAGUGUUAUAUAAAUAUAAAAUAAUACUUCUGAACACGGAUGCUUAGCUUUAGCUAUUAGAACAGGGUUUACUACUCAUAGAGGUUAACUAGUAAGAUCUAUUCUAUUUCCUAGACCUCACUCUUUUAAAUUUUAUGAAGAAUCAAUCAAAUUUUUGAAAUUCUUAUUUGCUCUCACAUUUGUUGCAUUUGCUAUUCUUCUUCCUAGACUUUAUCAAACAAUGGAAUUGCACUACAUAGCUUUGAAGCUAACAGAUUUACUUACUGUAACAGUUCCUCCUAGUUUACCUUUUGCAUUACAGGUUGGAGUUGUAUUUUCUAUGUAAAUGCUUAAACAAAAAAAAAUUUAUUGCAUAAACUCAGAAAAAGUAGUAGUAGGAGGUAGAGUUGAUACAGUAGUUUUUGAUAAAACUGGUACUUUAACUGAAGAUAGAAUGGAUUUAAAAGGAUUUUUACCUAUUGAUGAUAAUGGGAACUUCUUUAAAAAUGAACUUGUAAAGGAAGAUAUUUUGAAUGUUUUUUAAAAAGAAAACACUUAGCAUAUAUCCAAGUCAAUGUAAAUAAGUUUGAAUUGUAUGGGAUCAUGCCAUUCUAUAAUGAUAAGAAAAAACUAGUAAUGUUCUCCAAAGUAAGAUGCACUAUAAAAUAAUUAUAAGAAUCAUUUAAUUGGUGAUCCUAUGGAGAUAUAAUUACUUAAUAUAUCAGGAUGUAAAUUGUAUGCUAAUGGCGACAUUUCCAGUUCAUUUGGUUAGUAAUUUAAAAUAAUUAAAACACUUGAAUUUUCUAGUGAGAGAUAAAAAAUGACAGUUAUUUGUGAAGACAAAUCAGAAUUAAUCUAAGAAAACAAAUUUUUGUAUGUAUUUUCCAAAGGAGCACCAGAAGCAAUACAUAAAAUUUGCAAUAAUUACCCAAAAAACUAUAAUAAAAUGCUUGAUAAAUACACUUAGGAGGGAUUAAGAGUUCUUUCACUUGCUUAUAAAAAGCUACCAUUUUCUUUAAUAAGUUAAUUCCAGUAAAACAGUUCAUAAAAUACCGAUCAAAACAAUUCAAAUGUUAAUACUAAUAAUCUAUAGCCAGAGUCUAUAGAGAGUGAAAUGAAUUUUUUAGGAUUUGUAUUUUUCGAGAAUCCUUUAAAAGAGGCAACAGCUUAAACACUUUAGUAACUAAAAGAGGCUAAAAUAAAUAUAAUAAUGGCCACUGGUGAUAAUCCAUAAACUGCUCUUUCAGUAGGAGAGAAAUGCCAUUUCUUUGACUUUGAGGAUAACGUCACUUUUAUCAAUCUUGCACAAUUAGGAAAUAACAAAAGACUAACUCUUACUAAUAGUAAAUUCAAUACAUACGCAGAAGUAUCAGAAGUAGAUGAAUUAGAUGAAUACCUUUCAGAUGAGCUAUCCUCAUUUAAUUCUACUGAUUCUUAAGAAAACAAAGAUUAAUCUGAGUAACCUUUUGGUAAAGAUAAAGAAUAACUCAAAUUAUUAAAAUCUUUAAAGCAAGCAGAAGAAUUAAAUUCAUAAGGCAGGCCUAGAGAUUUAAUAAGCAAAAAUGAAAAUGAUGAAAGAAAAAAACUAUCAAAUAAGGAAUCCAGCUAGGUAGAUGAUAUUGAAUUGAAAGAUAAUAUUUUAAUUUAGUAAAAAUCUAGUGGUAAUAAGAGCUAAACAAAAGAUAUUCUUAAUGGCGAGAUAAAGUAAAAAUGUAAGGUGAAUGAAAAACAAGACUAACUUUAUAUUUGUGACAAAAAUUCCACAACUUCCUCAUCAUAGAAAAUUGGAGAUGAGUCUAUAGAUAUAGAAAAUGAUUAGUAACUAAAUAAGUAGUCUAAUAGUAAUAGCAGUGAAGAUUUAAAAGAAGAACCUGAUAGUUUACAUUUGCCAAUUUCAUAAUAUGUAUUGGACUCAUUUAUCAGAGAGGCUUUGAAUUAAAAGUCAGAAGGUUUUGUUAUGAAUGGAGCUGUUUUUGAUGAAAUAUACUUUAAAGGUGAAAUUAACGAUUUAUCCCUUAUGCUAUUAGAAAAAACAAGGAUUUUUGCUAGAAUGAAACCAAACCAUAAGACAUAUUUAGUCGAAUUACUUUAAAAAAGACAAAAGGCUGUGGCAAUGGUUGGAGAUGGUGCAAACGAUUGUGGUGCUUUAAAAUAAGCAGAUAUUGGAUUAGCACUUUCUUAAUUAGAAGCAUCAAUUAGUGCUCCUUUUAGUGGUGAAUGCAUUUCAAAUAUCAUAGAAGUGCUUAUUUAGUGCAGGGCAGGACUCAAAACUGCAUUUAAUAAUUUCAAUUUUAUAGCCAUGUACAGUAUAGUAUAAUUUACAACAACAACUAUUUUAUACUACUGCUUUUCCAUGUAAUCUGAUCUUUAGCUUCUUUACAUCGACAUCCUUGUUGUUUCUUCCUUAAUCUUAACUAUGGGUAUGACAAGCGCUUCAAAUAAACUUUCAAUGCAACUUCCAGACCAAUCAUUGAUUUCUUUGAAAAACAUGCUUUCUCUUGGUGGUCAUACUCUAUUAAAUAUAAUUACAUAAUUGGUAAUAUUAUUCUUGCUAUCUAAGCAAAGCUUUUUUGAAGGAAUAGAAGCUAAUAAGUAGUUUUAUGAGAAGGAAGAUAUCAUGACUUGGAAUUCCUCGGAGGUUUCUACUCUCUUUCUCUUUUCUAAUUUUAUCUAUUUAGCUUUAUCAAUAUGCUAUUCAGAUGGAAAGCCAUUCAAAAAUAACUUCUACACGAAUAAACUUUUUAUUUGCAACUUUAUGGUACUUUUAGCCUAUUGCAUUUAAAUGUGCUUAGUUCCAUCUCUCAAUUACUACUAUUUCUACAUCAACACAUCUAUGUCUUUUUCUUGGUGUUCAUUUAUGUGCAUAGCAGGUAUUGGUUAUAUACUUUUAAGUUAUUUCUAUGAGAAUACUCUCUUAGGUAUAAUUUAUGCUGCAUUAUAAAAAAAGACAAAAAAAGAAUGA